AUGGAAGCUACGGCUCUAACAAAUCACAUAUUCUCAACAUUCUCAUCUCAUUCAUCUUCAUCUCAGGCUUCAUCAACUCAUCAUUAUCAUUCCUUAUUACCUACUACCAUUUCACUUAAAAAUCAUAAAAGAAUUUUGUCAUCUAAAGUUUCAGUUUCUAGCCCUAGAUCUCAUUUCAACCGAAGAAAUUUCAUUAUCUGUUCUUCUGUCAAUGGAAUAGAAGAAACUGUCAAAGAUGUUCCAAUUGAGAAGCAAUUUCCUGCAUACCCAACUGUGAUGGAUAUUAACAAGAUUCGCGAAAUUCUACCUCAUAGGUUUCCAUUUCUAUUGGUUGAUAGA